GCCUCAGUCAGGAUCAUCAGGGCCCUGCUGUGCUGGUUGGUGUACAAAUACUUAGAUGUUCUCUGUCCAAAAGAGUUUGCUACUUUUUUAGGGUAGGUUGCUUAUUACUAACAACUUUAGCAUUCCAGUAGGCCAAAAGGCUCCUAUCAAAAUCCUGGCCCCAUUGUGCCAUCUGCAUUACAAACAUGGAUAAAGAGACAGCCCCUGCCCAGGAAGGCAUGAGUCUACAAAAAUACAGGAGCAGACAAAGGAUUAGGGAUGUGGCUAUAACAUAAAAAUAACUGAAACGGCCACAGUUUUGUUACUUGCAUAAGGGGCAGCAUGGGAGAGUGCAGAAAAUUUAAGGGAGAAGCUUAUCUGUGGGCAGUGUCUCAAGUGCUAGAGCAAGGCAAAUUGUGAAGGCCUCAAAGAUAAAAUCAAGAAGUAUUGUUUGAUACAAGAAUGAAGAAGGAGCCAGUGCAGGGAUUAGGUUAGUGCAAUGAUGUGAUAAGUGGUGUGAGCCAGGAAAACUAUCAUAACAUCAGCGUUUCAAAUAAACUUGAGAAGGUCAGUUUGCAGUCAAGCCCAGGGAGGUUGCAGUAGUCAGGGUGCAAGAUUAUGGGAGUUCUGGUGAUGUGGACAGAGAGGACAAACAGGAUUGUGGAGAUGUUAUGAAGGAAUUGUCUAGAUAGUGCCUGGAUGGGUAGAACUGCAGUAAGGGCUUAACUUGUUUAUACUUAGAUAAAGAGUUUGACUCAUUUCAGAUUAGACAAUAUACAAGGAGAACGUAUUGUAGACAUCCAAUGACUAGAUGACCCAAGGAGGCUCUUCUAUCCCUGAUUUCCAUGAAGAAUGGUGAUAAUGAUGUGAAUUCUCAAAAGGUCAAGGGCAAGUCUUUUAGUCUGUGAGACAAGUAUCGAUUCUUUGCCUGUGUGCUGAGAGCGCGGUUCGAAGAACACAAAAAUGAGAAGGAUAUGGUGAAAGCAACAAAACUGCUGAUAGCUGCUGAGGAAGAAUUUUGGGCAAAGCAGCAUCCUCAACCUUACAUCUUCCCCGAGUCUCCUGGAGGCACAGCUUAUGAGAGAUAUGUAGGCUACAAGGCUCCUGAGUGGUGCUUGGAUUUCUGGCAUCCUUCUGAGAAGGCAAUGUAUCCUGAUUAUUUCGCCAAAAGAGAGCAAUGGAAGAGGCUGCAGUUAGAAAGCUGGGAAAAAGAGGUUAAGCAGCUAGAGGAUGAAACUCCGCCUGGUGGUCCUGAGACUGAAGCCUUGCCCCCAGCUCGCAGAGAAGGGCAUCUGCCACCUCUGUGGUGGCAGUAUGUAACAAGACCCCGAGAACGGCCAGUGUAAAAGAAUCCGUGCAUGAACAAGCAAAUUACACUCGAGUAGUUUGUUCUCUACAACCAGUAGGAAUUCCAGUUAACAUGCACUAUUGUACUUAAUGCACAAUAAAACUAAAAUAAACAUGAAUAUACUUUA